AUGAGGAUUAUUAUUAACAUUUUGUAUUUAUUAUUGCUCGUGGGAUACACACAGAAGAAGCUCGCUGAGUGUCUCCAUAGCAACCAAACAACAAACAUGGCGCACCUCAGCAGCGAGAGUGACUCCAGACGAGUCUUUCUCAACAACAUAGACUCAUAUUCGUCCAAAUAUAUCGCCCAGUUCUUGUCCUCGUGUGUCGUCGGAAAGUCGCUUAAUGAUGAAGAGGAGGAAGAGGAGGACAAACACGAGCUGUCUUCAGGAGACACACGGUUUCAGAUAGUCGGCACAGUUAAGAAUAAAGAAGCAAAAAAACACACUUUUGCGUUGGAGGAAUAUUGGUCUCUGAGUCGAGAGGAGCUCCUGCAGUGUCUGAUGCAGUGUGACGUUAUUGUGUACAAUAUCACUGAACACUGUGAUCUCAUAGAUGAGGCGACAUGGGCCAUUUCAGCUCUGCACUCUGAAAUUGAACAUUUUGGGUCCCCAAAAAUAUUCAUCCUGCUGUCAACGAUCAUGACAUGGGCAAUGACCAAACCAGCUGAUCCUGACGAUCCUGACAUCCCCUUGACUGAAGACGACUACAAAAGAAGAAGACCACAUCCAAACUUUAAGGAGCACACCAGCACAGAGAAACUAGUGCUUAAACUGGGGAAGACUAAAAAGUCAAAGCUGGCUACUUAUGUUGUAUCAUCAGGGCUGCAGUAUGGCAUGGGCGAGAACAUCUUCCACUUCUUCUUUCAAACAGCUUGGCUCGGAGAGCUUAACAGUAUUCCUGUUUUUGGGCCUGGGACAAAUGUCAUUCCUGCCAUCCACAUCCACGACCUUGCAAGAGUGGUGCAAAACAUCAUUGAUCACAAACCAAAAACACACUAUUUCAUCGCUGUGGAUGAUUCCAAGAACACUUUUGAAGACAUUGUGAAAGCUAUCGCCUCUACCCUGGGGUCUGGAAAAAUAGAAAACGUCCCAAAGGAGGAUGCCUAUGGCACAAAGGCAAUUACGGAAACUGACCUGCUUUACCUCAGCGUCAAUCUUCGGACUGAGUCUGUUUUCUUGAAGGACAGAUUGAACCUCCACUGGGAAUGUGAAUCUGGGAUAGUUGAAAACAUAGCUCAAGUGGUAGAGGAAUACAAACAGACACGACAACUGUUGCCAAUAAAAAUCUGUCUUCUUGGGCCCCCUGCUGUUGGGAAAAGCUCAGCUGCAGUAAAGUUGUGCAGAUAUUACAAACUUCAUCAUAUUAACAUCAACGAAACCGUCAACGAGAAAGUCAGACGACUGGAGGAAUUGCUUGAGGGAAAUGAGAAGACAAGUGAGAAUGAGGAAAUGCUUAUUGGUGCUGAAGCACAGCUUAAAACUCUAAAGAACAACAUGCUUCAGAAUAAUGGUCAGUUGGACGAGCAACACGUGAUGCAUAUCAUAAGAGAGAAGCUGAACUCAAAGCCUUGCAGAAAUCAAGGAUUUGUUCUGGAUGGAUACCCAAAGACCUACACACAGGCUGAACAGCUUUUCCAUGAUGAAAACACGGAAGCGGACGAUACCAGAUCAGCAAUACCUCAAUAUAGCAAAGUGUUGAUUCCAGAGUUUAUCUUCUCACUGGAUGCCACUGAUGCGUUUCUGAAAGAGCGAGUUCAGAGUCUUCCUCAGAAUGUGGCAGAGGAGAUGCAUUACACUCAAGAUGAGUUUACAGAGAGUCUUGCGCAAUUCAGGGAGACUUUGGCAGAAGACGAAUCUGUGCUUGACUAUUUCGAUUACCUGGAAGUCCACCCUGAACACAUCGACUGUGAGAAUGUGGACACAGUGGAGAAGAUCAUUAAGACAGUGGGACGGCCGAAGAACUACGGUCCGAGUCCAGAGGAAUUGGAGGAAGAGAGGAAGAGGAAAGAAGAUGAAUGGCACCAGCAGCUGAAACAGGAGGAAGUCGAGAAGGAACUCAGGCAGAGAGGGGAGAAUGAUAAAAUGACUGCUCUUUUGGAGGAAUGGAGCAGGAACAUGGCCGAGGUGAAGAAGCAGGAACAUGAGCUAUUAGAGACACGAUCUGUCCCCAUGAGACACUACCUGAUGAAAUAUGUCAUGCCUACUGUCAUACAAGGACUGAUGGACUGCUGCAAGGUCAAGCCUGAUGACCCUGUGGACUAUUUGGCUGAAUACCUCUUCAGGAACAACUCAGAUGAUUAGCUUACCCUGCUAUUGUAGUUAAACGUACAAUAAAAAUGAUUUCAUAA